GACCACACUGAAAUCAGAGAGGGGGAAAUCACCAGUGGCAAGUGAGGAAUAGUGGAGCCUCAAUUUAAAUAGUGCUACCAGAACUUUUGCUACUGCCAUAGGCACUUCUAGACUGAGAAGAUGGAAAGAAUCCUGUCUGUGAUUUUGAUCCUCCAUGGUCUCUUGGGAGCUAUUGCUCAGACAGACAUGAGUCAGCAAGUAAUGGUGUUCCCUAAAGAAUCAUCUGAUGCCCAUGUCCUCCUGAUCCCUCAGGAAAAGAAGCCACUAAAGAAUCUCACUGUGUGCUUGCGUGCCUACACUGAACUCACCCGUGCCUACAGUCUCUUCUCCUAUUCAACUAAGGGCAAGGACAAUGAACUGCUCCUAUUUAAGUCCAAAGUUGAGGAGUACAAUCUUUUCAUUGGGAAUGAAAAAGUUUCUUUCAGAGCCCUUCUGGACUUUGGUUCCCCCGUACAUGUUUGUGCAAGUUGGGAGUCAGCUUCAGGCAUAGCUGAACUGUGGAUAAAUGGGAAGCCCCUAGUGAGAAAGGGCCUGAAGAAGGGCUAUUCUUUGGGAGCAGAGCCAAAGAUUGUCCUGGGGCAAGACCAAGAUUCCUUUGGAGGAAGUUUUGACAUGCAACAAUCCUUUGUAGGAGAAAUUGGAGAUAUAGGUAUGUGGGAUUUUGUACUUUCCCCACAUCAAAUUAAUUCUUUGUAUAGAGGUGAGACUUUGAAUGCCAAUAUUUUAAACUGGAAAGCAUUGGAUUAUGAAAUAAAAGGUUAUGUGGUCAUCAAACCCCAAGUAUGGUCUUGAGGUUCUGGACCAUUAGCAUGAUGGUAAAUAUAAGAGACCAACAAGUGGAAAAUCCCCUCUAGGAGAUUAGAUCUCAUAUACUAGAUCUUAGGUGCUCAUUGUACCUAGAUUUUGUGCUUCUCGGUUGAAUAAAAAAGAAUUAAAUUAC